AUGGUGAUGGCAUCUGUGGCUCUGAUUUUUUUUGCCAUUAUUUUGGGAGUCGGUCUUCACAAAGCCAUCACUCGUCCACCUUACUCCAGAGAGCGCCCCCCACUCGUCCCCCUGCCCCUGCAUCCCCGCAGCCCCCACAGCAUCUACCCACCCAGCAACUCCUACCUGUUUGAUACAGUACCAGAUGCAACCAGCUCACCCAACAGCGUCACACUAAAAGGUUUCACCAUGCGCCAGGAGGAAGUGAUCGAUGCCAAGAUUGUGGAAUUUGGUGACGAUGCACUUGAGGGUCAGAUGGGGGUGGUUACUGUUUCAACACCCUACAUGAUUUCCCAUGACAUUUCCCAGAAUCCAUUAAGGCGGAGCGUAAGCCAGCUGAUAGACAGAAAGGUGGGAGAAGAUGAAGUCUGGGACCCUCAAAUCAGAGCACUACAUGACAGUGGCAUGUUUGACGAGGAGUUUGUGGACACUAUUAAAGGUUUCAGCACCGUGAGGAAAGAACACACCAUGUUCACAGAUACCAACCUCUAACCCCUGUCCACUCGGCGGAGCAGGAAGGAACCUGGUCAUGAUCGUCCUUCAGGGCUUCAAUUAAUCACCAUCCAGAGAGUGUAAUUAUUAACACGUCAACCAAUCAGAGUGAGGAGACAAGGGUCACUGAGGGUCAUUGCAUCGAAGAACAGACUGUGAUCACAUGAGCAAUAGUUUUAUUGAAAUAAAUAAUUAUUGAUAUUAAAGAGGGGAUGAAGUUCUUC